AUUAUAAACUUCCUGGUUCUGGUGCUUAGCAUUCAGAAAUCGGACCCGAAUCACAUUGAGAAAGAGAGGAAAACGAAGUAAGCUCAACGAGUUCGGAAGAGAGGGAAGCAAGUGAUGGAUGGGAGAGGUGGGUGCUGUAUUGGGAUAGCGAGGUACGGCGGUGGAUUUUAUCAUGAUACGUCCAAGGUGGAUAGGAUAAUGCUCAGGUUCCGGCCGAUUGCGCCGAAACCUGCCGUUGGGGGCUCAGAUCACGGUAGUUCCUCUUCGGAGAAAGCAGACGUGCGCGUCAAAAGUGGGAGAGGAAAAAGAAGGUACGUGAGAGAUAAUAAUAAUACUCUUAAUAGUAAGAGGUGCAAUAGGAAGAGAAAGGCUUCGCCGGAAGAGAGGGUAGUUACUUUGCCUUUGUUGCCGGAGGCCCCUGACCGGAAGGAUUUACCGGAGAGGGAGUCUCCAGUUGAGAACCAUGACCGAACGGUGCUGACGAAGGAAGCGUGGAAAGUGCCCAUGUGGCUCAGCUUUGACGGGAAUUAUAAGGUGGGCAAUGGGUUAGAUCGGUUCAGUGGGUUAUCAGAUCGGAAAGCAGUGGUGUCUCCGGAGGUGGAAGAGGUUGGUUCUUGCGUGAUAGUGGAGUGCGUGACCGACACGUGGGUGGAUGGUGGUGGCCUGGGGGAAACGGAUGCGGAGAGGAUGACAACUCUGGGGAGGGACACAUGUCCGGGGUUCGUAUCAGACGAUCUGCGUAGGGUGACGUGGACGAAUGCGGCAUACAGGAGGAUGGUGGAGCUGGGGUCAGAUGCUGCAGAUCAUCAGGAGUUGAGGCCUUGUCUGGUGAUGAAGGACGAGAGUGUGAUCAAGAGGCUAAACUAUCCGGCGUUCAGUUGCAGGGUGAGGCUGGUUCAGUACUACACAUGUGGGAAGGAGAGAAGCUCUCUGACACUUCCCUGUGAUGUGUGGAGAAUGGACGGUGGUGGAUUUGCAUGGAGGCUGGACGUCAAGGCUGCGCUCAGUCUGGGCCGGUGAUUAGAAAUACAUAAAAGCCAAGCCAUGCCAAACCAAUAUUAUAUUUAUUGUAUCCCUGUGAUUAUCAUCACUGCGUGUUUAUUAUGUUUUCUGGUCCAUACGUACGUACAUGAAUGGAUUAGAUGGCAUAAGUUGUAUGCAUAACAACUAAGCUUUGGUACCUUACGUACUUUCAUAAUUGUAAAUACUUUAAUUUUGGCCGAUC